AUGGCGAAUCAGACUGCAUCACUGAUUGAAGAGAAUCAACAAUUAAAAGCCAAAAUUCAAGAGCUAGAAGAUGCACUGGCUAAGAAAUCAGCACAACACCGUGUUAAGAUUACCACGAUGAGUUCGGAAGUUGUCGAUAGCAACCCUUACAGUCGAUUAAUGGCUCUUAAACGGAUGGGAAUUGUUAAAAAUUAUGAAGAUAUUCGACAUUAUACUGUAGCUAUAGUGGGUGUUGGUGGCGUUGGAAGCGUUACUGCCGAAAUGCUAACAAGAUGUGGCAUUGGAAAGCUCAUUCUAUUCGAUUAUGAUAAAGUUGAAUUGGCGAAUAUGAACAGGCUAUUCUUUCGGCCUGAUCAGUCGGGAAUGAGCAAAGUUGAAGCUUCUGAAGCUACUCUUCGGGAUAUAAACCCAGAUGUUGAGUUUGAAACGCACAACUAUAACAUAACCAAAGUCGAUAAAUAUGAUCACUUUGUUGGUAGGAUAAAGAGUGGUGGUCUACAAGGUAAACCUGUCGAUUUGGUUUUAAGUUGCGUCGACAAUUUUGAAGCUAGGAUGGCAAUCAAUAUGGCUUGUAAUGAAAUAAAUCAAAUGUGGAUAGAAUCGGGCGUAAGCGAGAAUGCAGUUUCUGGACAUAUCCAAGUUGUAAUUCCUGGACAAACGUCUUGCUUUGCUUGUGCUCCUCCUCUUGUUGUCGCUGAUAAUAUUGAUGAGAAAACCCUGAAACGUGAAGGAGUCUGUGCUGCGUCGUUGCCAACUACUAUGGGAAUCGUUGCCGGCUUUCUAGUGCAAAAUACUCUAAAGCACCUAUUACAAUUCGGAUCUGUCACGCACUACUUAGGUUACAAUGCUAUGAAAGAUUAUUUUCCUACCAUGGCUUUGAAGCCUAACCCUCAUUGUGAUGACAGUUUCUGCUUGAUACGUCAGGAAGAGUAUCAACAAUAUUUAGCCGAAAAUCCUCCGGAGGCGGAGUCGGAAGAUCCAACUGAAGACGUAGUUCAUGAAUCUAACGAAUGGGGAAUCACAUUGGUUGAUGAAACCCCAGAAUCGGAAAAGAAGGAAGAACUUGAUCCUGAUUUAGCUAAAGGAUUAGCACGAGCGUACGAUAUGCCAUCUGUGGAACAAGUAAGGAUCUUAGUAAAGGACUCGACUGAGUCGCAACAGGAAACUGAAGAACCGGUCUCCCUAGAAGAAUUACAAAGUAGAUUGAAAGGUCUCUAG